AUGGUGGGCAUGAAGCGCCCUGCUGCCGCGAAGGCCAAGGUCCGCGCCCUGAGCUGCGAGGAGCUGGCCUUCAGGACCUCGAGCAUGACGACCGACGACAAUAUCAAGUUCAACGCUGAAAACUGCGACCCAGAGGACACGGCUCAGCUCAAGGCCGUCUUCGCUGACGCGGAGAUGAAGCGCCUCUGGGACCGUUUCAAGACGACCAGGCACAAGAAUCCUGAAGUGGAGGCGCAGUACCAGGAGGUGGCGAAACUCCCAGUGCGGUCGGGGAAGCAGCACGCGCAGAAGUCGCUCCUCAUGGCCUGGUUGAACGACCCUGGUUUCGGCGAUCGCUACAUGAAGAUGAACGAGUCCGUGCGCUUCUCCAAGACGACAGCGCACCAGAUGGUCCAGAAGUACGGCGAGGAAGAGUUCCAGCAGAUGCGCGACGACGGUCUCGUCCAGGAGAGGCCCAACCCCACCAACCCGAGGGCCAAGCAGUACUGGGACACCACCGAGGAGGAGUCGAAGAAGUUCGACCACUCGAAGGAGGCCAAGAUGGUGGGCAAGAAGGGCAUCGACAACGACGAGGAGUGGUUGGCGCUGAAGGACGCAAUGGGCAAGGCCAGGCCGAGGGACCAGCUCCUCAAAGGCUCGCUCACUGACCUCGGCACGCAGACCGACGACGAGGACGAGCAGCGCCGCCAGGAGACCUCGAGCGUCGGAUGCAAGGGCAAAGGGCGCGGCCGCGGUCGUGGGCGCGUGCGCGCGGACACCGUGGACGUGAAUGACCACCUCGACUACGUGCAGGACAUCACGAAGGCCCACCUGAAGAGCGACAGCCAGAUCGCCCAGGCCCUGAAGAAGUUCAAGGAGGCGAGCGCCGUGCUCAUCAGAGACACUGGCAAGAAGAUCAAGGGCGCGUCCGACAAGGCUUCCUCGUCGGACGUCAACAAGGCUGCGAAGUUCCUGAAGCAGCUGCGCGAGGUCGACAACAACUUGGAGGAUCUGGACAUGCAGGGCUACACCGCUGCCAAGGCCCAGAAGGACAAGGACGCCGACCUCGACAGCGACGAGGUGGACGACGACGACGGCGGCAAGGACAAGACCGACGGCGGCAAGGACAAGGACGUCGACCUCGACAGCGACGAGGUGGACGACGGCGACGGCGGCAAGGACAAGGCCGACGGCGGCAAUGGCAAGGACGCUGAUGGGCAGGAUGAGGGGGGCGACCUGUACGGCCUCGACAGCGACGAGGUGGACGACGACGACGACACCAUGGUCGACGCCGACGUGGUCAACGCCGAGACGGUCGUCGCGCCCUGCGGCCACAACAGCGACGAGGUGGUCGACAACGGCGCGGUGGCCAACAUCGACCACAUCGUGCCCGACAGCCCCAUCGUGCCCUACGGCCUCAGCAACGACGAGGUGGUCGACACCGAGCACGCCGACGACGGCCGUCUCAUCGCGCUCUCAUGGAGCGAGGGCGGCGUCGAGGAGACAUGGAGGUGGAGGCCGCCCAUCAGCGACGGCAAGGGCGACGGCAAGGGCGACGGCGAGGGCGACGACCCGAACAACGGUGAGGGCGAUGGCAAGGGCGGCAAGGGCGACGGCAAGGGCGGCGGCAAAGGCAAGGACAAGGACAAGGACAACAAGGCCCAGGGCAAGGGCGGCGGCAAGGGCAAGGGCGGCGGCAACGGCAAGAAAAAGGCCCAGGACAAGGCCAACGACAAGGGCCAGGCCAACGACAAGGGCAAGGGCAAACGCAAGGCCAACGACAAGGGCAAGGACGGCAAGGCCAAGGACGGCAAGGCCAAGGGCAAGAGCCCGUGCCCCGGGCCGUUCCCGCGGCGCCAGUGGCUGGCGGCCACCGCCGCGGAGCCCGCGGGCAUGGCUGCACCGUCGCCGCAGCCCCUCGGCGCGCACCCGGUCCGGCGCGCUGCCCUAGGAAGCCCGCGGACGGGCCCGCAGGAGCGCCUCGCAGAAGUGCGGCACGCCGCCUUCGAGCGCGCAGGAGGAGGAGGCGCGCUGAGUCUGCCGCUGAAGCCGGGCCUGCCGCUGGCGCAGGUGCCCGCCUGCCUGCAGGAGAACCUGGCGUGCGCCCCUGGCCUGCUCGGCGGCCUUCCCUCGCCCGCGCGGGGGCGCGGCCGGCGUCCGGCCGCACGGCUGCUCCUGGACAAGGUGGACGCCGCUGCCGGCCGCGGCGGCUCCGCCGAGGGCAGCCCCGCGGCGUGGGCGGCGCCCGGCCUCGACGCGGCGGCGCCGAGCCCGAAGGGCGACGCGGCCGCGGCCGGCAGCCCGAAGGGCAGCCCGAAGGGCGGCGCCCUCGGCCGCCCCGCGGCCAGCGCCGCGCGCGGGCUCGGCACGCCGCGGCGGUUCGGCGCCCCAGUGGACGGCAGCCCGACCGGCGCCCUCGGCCUGUUCGAGGCGCGCCCGCUGCCAGAGCCGCACCGCCUCCCGCUGGACCUGCGCCGCAAGCGCCCAGCCGAGGACGGCGCGUUCUUCGUGGACGAGCAGUUCAGGCCCCGCGGGCCGCCCGCCGCGGCGCCCGCGCCCUGCCUCCCCGCGGGCGGCCCGGCGCGCGGGGCGCCCGCGGCCGGGGGGGAGCCCGCCGAGGAGGAGUCCGACAAGGAGAACGUGCCCCCGGCGCCCGCGGCCUCGCGCGGCGCGCCUCUCGGGCCGCGCCAGCGCGCGUCGGGCACCUCUCCGCGCGCCCUGCGCGAGAUCGGGCCCUGCGACGGCGAGGAGGCGGCGGCCGCAGGCGCAGGCGAGGGCUGCUGCCCGGGCAGCCCCGGCAGCGACGCCUCGGACGGCGAGUCCUGCUGCUCCGACUUCGAGAGCGAAGAGCUGGCCGCGAAGCUCGAGGAGCGGAUCUGGCUGAACGAGGGCGGGCGGUACGACUUCGAGAUCUACGAGGAUCCGUGAGGAGCACGCGCCGCGCACCUCCCCAUGCGCCCCCGCGGGUGCCCCCUUCGGGCCCCCUGCCCUUCGAGGCAGCGCGCAGGCCACAUGCGGCGAUUGGCAGGCCGCCGUUGCAUUUGCACGCGCGAAAUUCGCAGGGCCCCCGGGGUGGAGCCAUUGCGGCGCUGUCUGCGCCAGAAUUGGCGACGAUGCUGGCGGGAUGAGCGGAAAGAGAA